AUGCGCAUCCAGCCGACGACGGGGCUUUUCGAUCUGUCGCCACGUCGGUGGCGCCUCGCAGGGGCACUCUGGCUCUGUGCAACGCUCGCAGGUAGUAUCUACUACCUUCUCCUCGUGCAACCGAGGCUCGCCAACGAUCUCCUCUGGUCAAACUACAACGCGUCCGGGUACCAAACCUUCCUCGUCGACGCCCUCAACCAGCUGCUGGAGACAACGCAUGAUGCUUCCUCUGCCGACUUGAGCGCGGUGAUGCUCGAGGCGCGCUACGACAGCCUGCUGACAACCGCGAUCGCACACCCGACUCUGCGCAACAUGUCUCUGGACAUGAUUGAGUGGCUCCCGACGCAGUACUGCUGGGUCGACUUGGACAAAGCGUUCGAGCUCGCCCACACCGAGCGACGGCAAGAGCGCUGCCAGCAGCAGUAUGCUACCAACGGCGCCGUGUACCUCGAGGCCAUCUUUCGCAAUAUCGAUUGGGACGCCUACAUUGCUACGUAUGGCGGUCCCAACUCCAACUUUUGGUUUGCCAUCGUGAGUGGUCUCGAGGCAUCGGUGAGAGGCGUCCGAUGGCUGCAAAGCGUCGCGACUGCGAAGACUACGGUGGCAGAUGAAGUCGCGCACUGGCAGUCGUUUGGCGUCACUGGCUUCCGUUUCCAGUACCAGAAUGGGCACCACCCAGGUCUCGUCGAGACAGCGACGCUUGUCAACGCCCUCGGCAUACCGACAUCUGUGACACUCAAGAGCACCGAGCCCCGCCAAGGCGUUCGUGAAGUCGUCUCGUUUGAGGGCGACAACGGAACGCUGGUCUUGAUCUCGGACGCCUACGAUUCGACGCCGAGUACCUCUAGCAGCAGCAGCAGUCUCAGCCACGCCUCGGCCGGUGUCUACUACAUUGUUGCGUACUCGAGUCUCGUGCUUGGCGCUGUCGCCGUCGCAACCCUAAUCGUUUCGGCAGUGUCGCACGGCGCUGUCUCGGGCAACAACUUCUUUGUCUUCAACCGUAUCGCUGGCUCCACGUGGCUCGGGCGUCCGCUGCUUUUGCUUCGCGGCGCCAGCGCACUGGUGUUGCUCAGCUCGGCACUCAUUGGGCUCGAUCGCGUGCACAACACUUAUGCGCAUCUGGAGCUCUCGACCUGCCCGCUUCUCGAGACGUGCUUCUUGGCGUGGGAAGCGACGUGGAUUGGGUACGUCGUCCACGAGUUGCUCUUACCCCUGCAGAGCCACCGCGCCCGGUCGAUUGGGCUUCUGGGCACAUCACUGACAUGGCUGGCGCUUGUGAUCAUUGACGUUGGCUGGCCCGUCAAUGUGACAGCGACCAUCGAUCGCAAGUGUACCAUUAGCGGCAUCUACUACAACGUCCGAUGCAACAGUGUCACGCUGCAGAUGGGGCAGCUAUCGCGGCUGCGAGUCAUUGGACUGCUCCACUUCAACAUGACGGGGGCGCAUCUCGUUCUCGCCAACUAUUUCAACGAGCGCUCGUUUCUCAAAGGGUCGGUGAUAGCUCUUACCAACAACCAGCAUAUCAACGCUCUUGGUUUCUUCAACCUAUCACAAGCCUCCGUCGCCUUUCCCAUCCAGCAAGGCGCGAGGGUUCAGUACUCGACUCUAACCGCUCUCUCCGAUGCGAUCUCGGGUCUUCGUACCUUGGAUGAGUGUGAUGGCCCGUGGGUCUUUACACAGUACUGCUACCUCGAUUUUGAUCAAAAGUGGGAAAUGGCCAACUCGGUCACGCGCCAAGAGCGAUGCAAGGCGAUGGUCCAUAACGGCGCUGUCUUUCUGGCCUCGCUGCUUAGAAACGUGAACCUGACACUGUAUUGGGGCGAAGAAUUUGAGAUUGGGUUUGGGUCCGAGCUGCGCCAGUCGACGGCCGGCCAAGCUCUUUUAGCGACGUUUACGCCGCCGUACCUCCCGAUCGACGACGAAGCGGCGGUGUGGACUCGGAAAGGCGUCACGUCCUAUACACUGCAGUGGCAAAACUACAAGUCGAUUGGCUUGACAACCUCGUACACCAUUGUCAACGCAUACGGCGCCUCUUAUCCCUUCGCGCUGCAGUCGACGGCCACCUACGCUCGCUUCACGAGCCAGACGUCGUUCAAAAUGUACUGGUCUCUCGCCAACGACCUCGGCAGUCUACUCGAGAACACUUCGACCAUCGGUGGUCAGAGUCUUUUGCGCCCCAGUAGUCGAUUCGCCUAUCAAAAUGCAUCGCUCCAAGAGAUACUGGUGACUGCAAAGGUGCUACCAGUGCUGCCGUGGAGUGCCAACUAUGUGGUCUUGUCGUCGUACCUCGGGCCGUUUGGAUCGAUCGACACGGUCUAUAUCAGCGUGCCAUCGGUCCUGCAAGACGCUAUAGCUGCUUUGGACACUGCGGUGGCGGGCGCGAGGAAGCUCAAUGCGACGUCGUACCUGGGCAUUUCCGACAAGUUUUACACGUUUCCAGCGCCGACUCAGUGGACGGAGACCAUCUACACUGUGAGUGGCUCUGUCUUGUGUCCCGACCAGCCGACCGCGUACGCCGCAAAGUUCUAUUGGAUCCUCGCUGCAGACGCCUUUAACAGAGACUGCGCUACCUCGUAUCCUGCGCUUGGCUUUGUACCGUCGCGCGACCACAUUCUCUUUGGCGUGCUACUUGCCGGUAUCGGUGUGGCGACCAACCCCGUCGACUUGGCGCAGCUACCGACUGUCUUUGCUCUCUACGCUCUCCAAGCCGUCCGAUACGUCACCUACGUCAUGAUCAUGCUCGCAGCCGUGACGUUUGUGCACAUUCUUCUGGCCCGGGGCCACGUCGAGGGUCUCAACAUGUUUGAAAUGAGUCGCGUCGGCGGCAUUGUCUGGGUCGGUCGACCUCUGGUCGCGGUACGGAGCAUCACAGCUCUCUGUCUUCUCUCGACCGCUUCCAUUGAGCUGCAAUCCGACGGUGUCUUGAGCUACUUUGUCACGACGCCUAUCCCGCUCUGGACGACGUGUCUCGCGGCGAAUGAAGUCACGUGGCUCGUCGGUAUCGUCAACGACAUUUCGCUCGUCUGGACGCAAGACCACACGAUCGCCUACGCGACGAUCAACAGUCUGGUCAUGUGGCUCAUCUCGGCGCUUCUGGCAACUCUGGCGCCGGUCCAGGCCACGAUCAUUGUGUCUCCAACCUGUGAGAUGGCUACGCUCGACUACCAAGUAGUGUGCGUCGCUGGAAGUGUCGUGAUUGGGUCGUUGGAGCGACUUCUGACGCUGGUGGGGACCGUGCUGGUCUGCAACGGUGUCUGCUUUGGUCUGGUGCGCUGCCUCUCCAAGAGUGGUCCAAAGCGACUGAGCUCGUCGAUGCUGCUCUGCGGUGGUGCCAAGUACCUCUUUGAGCACCACGAUUGGUUUCUUGGCGGUGUCUACCAUCUCGACCGCGCGUCGGCGGUUCUGAACGGGUUGUUGAGUGUCCGGUAUCAAAAUCAGUGGCUUGUCUUUGACGUCAAGACGUGGUGCGUCCAUACGAUCGACGUCGCGAGCGAUCUUCGCGUGCGCACGUGCGAAAAUAUUGACCUCGUCGACCGUCGUUUUGGCUAUGCUUUACCGCUACGAAAAUGA